AUGGCUCCCAUGAUCGAGGACGGUGUCCAGCCACCCUCCAGCAGCCAGGUGCAUGCCAAAUCUGAGGACCGACCCAACAUCUACACCGAUGUCAAGGAGAGUGAACUCCAGGAGACGGCAAACGCCUGCUUGGCCAACUAUGGCACCAAAUUCGAGAAGGACAUCAUCACCGGCAGCAAAGGACUAUACGUCUACACGGCCAGCGGCCACCAGGUCAUGGACUGGACGUCUGGCCAAAUGUCCUGUCUCGUAGGGCACGGCCACCCAGAGAUUGUCUCCACGAUCCACAACCACGCCGCGAAUUUGGACCAUUUAUUCUCUGGCAUGCUGUCGCCCCCAGUCAUCAACCUGGCCCGGCGGCUCACGUCGGUUCUACCAAACGGGUUAGAUAAGGCUUUCUUCCUCUCCACCGGGGGUGAAUCCAAUGAGGCCGCCAUCAAGAUGGCCAAGGUCUACACGGGGAAGUUCGAAAUUGUCGGCCUGGGAGCCAGCUGGCAUGGCGUCACUGCACAGGCGUUGGGAACUCAAUAUCACUUCGGUCGCAAGGGCCAGGGACCCUUGAUGCCAGGCAUGCACAUGCUUCCGCCACCCAAUUCCUACCGCUCCAUUUUCCGCAACCCGGACGGAUCCUACGACUGGGAAACCGAACUCAACUACGGCUGGGAGCUGAUCGACCGGGCCUCUUGUGGAUCCCUGGCCGCCUGUAUCGUUGAAUGCAUCCAGUCGUCGGCAGGCAUGCACGUGCUGCCGCCGGGAUACUUGAAGGCGCUCAAGAAGCACUGCGAAAAGCGGGGCAUGCUGCUCAUCGUAGACGAAGCUCAGACGGGCGUCGGUCGGUGCGGCGACCUGUUCGCCAUCGAACACGAAGACGUCGUCCCGGACAUCCUGACCCUCAGCAAGACGCUGGGCAACGGGCUGCCACUGAGCGCCGUGGUCAUGAGCGCCGAGAUCGAGCGCGUGUGCACUGAGCGCGACUUCUGCUUUUACACCACGCACGUGAACGACCCGCUGCCCGCGGCUGUGGGUGACAAGGUUCUCGAGAUCGUGCUGCGCGACAACCUUGUCGCCAACUCACGUGCCAUGGGCCUCCACCUCCAGGCGGGCCUACGGCGCCUCCAGUCCCGCUACGGCUGCAUCGGCGACGUGCGCGGCCGCGGGCUCAUGGCGGGCGUCGAGAUCGUGGGCGACCGCGAGAAGAAGUCGCCCUCGAUCGAGCUGGCCCGCAGCAUCUCGCACAAGAUGUACGAGCUGGGCCUUUGGGCCAACCUGAGCAGCCACUCGAGCUUUGGCGGCGUGUUCAGGAUCGCGCCGCCCAUCGUCAUCACGAAGGAACAGCUCGACCAGGGCCUUGAGAUUAUGGAGAAGGCUCUGCAGACCACUGAGGGCACUAUGCCCCUGUCCUCCUGA